CAAUGCCCUUGCCGGCCCAUUGGGAAUUUUUUGAAGCUUCGCUCGGUUCGUGAUGAGCUGUUGCACGUCCCGCUAGCUACGACCACGUCCACGACGAAUACUGCCCCGACGGCGCAUGCUCGACAGGGGCUCCCCACGCCGGCGACAGGAUCACGAGUAACGGGUGACGGAGGUGGCGAUUGAAUUGGGCAACCAUGUCGUCGUCAAGGUUGGGUCUGCGUGCCCGGGAGGUGCUCUCCGUAAGGGUGACGGGGUCGGCCAGCACAAUACCGCUUCUCACUAGCCGGCCAAGUUUCCAAGCGAGGGGAUUGCCGCUGGCGUGGACUUCAUCCUUCUCCACGUCCCAGGCGAGGCCAAAUAGAUCCGCCCGAGAAGCCAUGAUGGGUAGCAUGCCUCGAGUUGAGCAGCGAGGUUCGCCCUCCGUCGAAUCACACCAAAAAAUGCGGAAUGGUGGCAUGAACGAAGCCAUGGCGGAGACCAUCUCAAUGAUCCUACCAGGGACAUUCAUCCUUCCUCCUCUAUCACAAUUUCCUAAACCACUAGGACAAAAGUUCCGGCUCCUAGGAAGUUGGAUUGUUGCCAAAGUGCAAGAGGUCGUCCUCAAUACGUCAGUUCGGUGGUCUUCCAAGCCAGGCAUCUUCAAGCGGCCCGCCCUCAAGUACAAAAAGUCGACCCUCGUCCCCACUGCGAAAGCACUUCAUCGCUCCAUGCUCCAAGCUCUGGCUACUGGCGACAGACUCGCCAUAAAUAAGACCUGCGCGAGGAAGCUCGGGGUUUCCCUGCUCGUGAACAUCGAUGCCCGCCCCCGAGGACGCCGCUACAGCUGGGAGCUGGUAGAGUACACCAACAAGCUAUUCUACCCGACCAUCAAGUCGCACAAGCUGUCGCCCCUUGGCCGCGAGCGCGAUGCUCCGAUCCUCCGGCAGAUGAUAGUGGCCAUCUCCAGCAAGCAGCGGAAGGGUGUGUACGACGUCGAGGGCCGAGUGAUCCCGGGGAGCGAGAAGGAGAUGGACGUGGUGGAGCAUGUGGCGGUCUCGUGCGUAAUAGACCCGAAGAACGGCUAUGCGCAACAAGACUGGCGCGUCAUUGGCACCACCACGCCCACCACGCUGGGGUCGUGGGCUAAGGACAAGGAGAUCAUGAAGAUGAUAUUACAACAAUGAGGCCCGUGUCCCUAGAGAGCCAGCAGGCAACGAGCCCCGGUGGUGAACGGGAGGGUGGUGUAUGAUGGCCACAGCGAUGUACAAAACAUGUACGUAGUAAAAGAGCGAGAACGCAGCAUCCCAUGUAAAAACAACUCCAAAUGUAAUCUGCAAGCAUUGACACAUAUUGACACAGA